UAGGCGAAGAAGAGAGCUCACGGGGUUUAGAUUCUCUCUAUUGCGCUUUUUUUUUUUUUUUUUGCUGAGAUUGAGGAGGUUCUAUGUGUAAAUUGAGAUGGUUCCUCCAGUAAUUUAUAAGUAUCGGCGAAGGAGAUAUCGGAGACUUGGAAGGGACGAUGAUGGUUCGUUGAUGAGGACUCCUCGGGUCUCACUUUACCAUUCAAACGACAGAUUCAACUCCAAUACCAUCGAAGUAAGUGAUAAUAGUCGCUCUUCUGGUUCAUUUAGCGAGGAUGGUGCUAGAAUUCGAAAUUUGGGUUGCGUUCACAGUGAGACUGAAACUAGACAUGGUUCCUGUAGUUUGGUUCUUCAAUGUAGAAACUUGGAUGAUUUGUUCGCUGGGUUCGCUUAUAAAGGUGUGAGGAAGACAAGGAAUGUAUUUGGAAGUAAACCAAAGAGUACUCUUGAUGAUGAUGACACCGUAAAGGAACAAGAUUUUGAUGAUGACAGUGUUUUUGAAUCUCACAGUGAAAGACAAGUUUGCAGUGAAUUUCAGACUCAAGUAAGAAAAGUUUCUCCAUACUUCCAAGGAUCAACUGUUUCACAACAGCCCAAAGAUGGGUGUGAUUCUGAUUGUGUUUCUUCUCAAAAUGGAAGAAACUAUAGGAAAGAAUGUAGAAAAGUUCAAGCUAAAGUCCGAAGAGUUUCUCCAUACUUCCAGGCAUCAACCUUUUCACAAUGUGACUCUGAAAGUGUUGCUUCUCAAAGUGGAAGAAAAUAUAGGAAAGAAAGCAGCAAACUUCAAGCUAAGGUCCCAAGAGUUUCACCAUACUUCCAGGGAUCAACUGUUUCAGAACAGCCAAACCCGUCAAGAGAUUUGCGUCAGUAUUUUAAGGUCGUGAAAGUUUCAAGAUAUUUCCAUGACAUGCCUGCGGAUGGAACCCAAGUUAAUGAACCACAAAAGGAGAGAUCAAGAAGGAUGAGGAAAACUCCUGUUGUGAGCCCUUCGCUCUCUCAAUGUCAGAAGACCGAUGAGGCAUACCUGAGGAAAAUGCCGGAUAACACAUGGGUGCCUCCACGAUCUCCUUGUAACCUGCUUCAAGAAGAUCAUUGGCAUGAUCCAUGGCGAGUACUGGUCAUUUGUAUGCUUCUCAACAAAACAUCUGGUGCACAGACGCGGGGAGUGAUAUCAGACUUGUUUGUGCUGUGUCCUGAUGCAAAGUCUGCAACAGAAGUUGAAGAAAAGGAGAUUGAGUCUCUGAUAAAACCUCUUGGAUUACAGAAGAAGAGAGCCAAAAUGAUACAACGGUUUUCUCUGGAGUAUCUUCAAGAGAGCUGGACUCAUGUCACUCAACUGUAUGGCGUUGGAAAGAGAAUUAUUCACAGGUAUGCAGCGGAUGCGUAUGCGAUAUUCUGUAAUGGAAAGUGGGAUUGUGUGAGACCUGCUGAUCAUAUGCUAAAUUAUUACUGGGAAUUCCUCAGGAUUCGGUACAGGUUAUGAGUGGGAAGAUACAAGUAUCUAUUGUGCAUAUAUUUCUUUGCUCUGUUUUUUUUUUUGUUGUUGUUGUAAAUGAAAGAGAUCUUGUAUAGUUGUAUUAUGGUUUGUUUAAUCUUAAAUUAUAAUGUG